CUGCCUGCUGGGAAUUGUAGUCUGGCAACAAGCCCACUUCCCUUAGAGGGCACUGGGAACUACAUUUCCCGGUGAGGGAGAGGCUCUGGCAGGCCGCGCCGUACGGGGGCGUCACUCUGUUGCGCAUCAGGGUCCAAAGCCAGAGAGCUUUUGAGGGGGGCAGGUCGAGGCACGGGCUGUGUUUUCCUUCCUUCUCCGCUCUUACGCGGCGCCGGCUCUGCCCUCUCACCCCGAGCCGUGCGCCCUCCUUUCUGCUCCCCGUGUUAUUUUUUUCUAGAGGUUCCAAGAGAGCGGCCGUUGUCCCGCGCUGGAGUGAGGGGCGCGCCCCUCUUCGGCAAAGCCAACCCGGCACCGGGCCAGCAGCUCCAUGGGCCCAACCCGGAAGCCCAACGUGUGCCACCAGCUGAGUCGCCGGGCACAGGGCUUCUUCACGCGCGACGCAGGCGUGGUGCAGAGGACGAACCUGGGCAUCCUGCGGGCUCUGGUCUGCCAGGAAAGUACUAAAUUUAAGAAUGUUUGGACUACCCAUUCCAAGUCACCUAUAGCCUAUGAGAGAGGAAGAAUAUAUUUUGACAAUUAUCGGUGCUGUGUCAGCAGUGUUGCAUCCCAGCCAAGAAAACUUUAUGAAAUGCCAAAAUGUUCCAAGUCAGAAAAAAUUGAGGAUGCUUUAUUAUGGGAAUGCCCAGUGGGGGAAAUGCUGCCCAGUCCAUCAGAUUAUAAAUCCUCACUCAUAGCACUGACUGCUCAUAACUGGCUACUUCGUAUAUCAACAACAACAGGAGAAAUCCUUGAGAAAAUAUAUCUUGCUUCAUAUUGCAAGUUCAGAUACUUGAGCUGGGACACUCCUCAAGAAGUCAUUGCAGUCAAGUCAGCUCAGAACAAAGGCUCAGCUUUGGCACCGCAGGUGGGCAUUCAACAGCCUGUUUUGCUCUACCUUGCAGUAUUCCGUGUUCUACCUUUUUCACUCAUAGGGAUUUUGGAGAUCAACAAAAAAAUUUUCGGGAACGUUACAGAUGCUACCUUGUCUCAUGGAAUACUGAUUGUGAUGUACAGCUCAGGACUGGUCAGACUCUAUAGCUUCCAAGCCAUCACUGAACAGUUCAUGCAACAGAAACUUGACUUAGGUUGUGCAUGCAGAUGGGGUGGGACUACUGGAACUGUAGGAGAGGCUCCUUUUGGCAUUCCUUGUAAUAUUAAAAUCACAGACAUGCCACCACUACUCUUUGAGGUGUCUUCUCUGGAAAAUGCUUUUCAGAUUGGAGGCCAUCCUUGGCACUACAUCAUCACACCUAAUAAGAAGAAACACAAAGGAGUUUUCCAUAUUUGUGCCCUAAAAGACAAUUCCUUGGCAAAAAAUGGGAUCCAGGAAAUGGAGUGUUGUUCUCUAGAAUCUGAUUGGAUCUAUUUCCAUCCUGAUGCUUCUGGUAGAAUAAUACAUGUUGGCCCAAAUCAGAUCAAAGUUUUAAAGCUAAAUGAAGUAGAAAAUAAUAGUGCUCAGCAUCAGAUCUCUGAAGAUUUUGUCAUUUUGGCCAAUAGGGAGAAGAACAAAAGUGAAAACUUAUUCACUGUUACAUCUUCUGGACGAUUGGUAAAAAAAAAAAUCAGCCUUCUGGAUGACGACCCAGAACAAGAGACUUUCAAAAUUGUGGACUAUGAAGAUGAGUUGGAUUUGCUUUCUGUAAUAGCUGUUACUCAAAUAGAUACUGAUGGAAAAGCUCAUCUGGAUUUCCACUGUAAUGAAUUUGGAACUUUACUGAAAAGCAUUCCACUAGUGGAGUCAUGGGAUGUGACAUAUAGCCAUGAAGUCUACUUUGACAGAGACUUGGUACUACACAUAGAACAGAAACCAAACAGAGUCUUCAGCUGCUAUGUUUACCAGAUGGUGUGUGACCCUGGUGAAGAAGAAGAAACCACAAGCAAAAUUUGUGGGAAAAAAAUAAGAUAAUUUAAAAUUUUCAGAUGUUACUUGGGAUACUUUUAGCCACACACCCAAGCAGUAUGUCUAGUCCUCCUUUUUAUUAUCUGCAUAAUAAGCUCUACAGUAUUUUCCAGAGAAGUUCUUGUUUUGACCUCAGACUACUGUGACUUCUUUAUUAUACUUUACUAUAUAAGAUGAUGAGGACAUCAUUUUAUGUAAUAGUUUAUUAGAAUGGAAUUCAAAGAAGUCUAGCAUAUUAGAGCUUUUAGCUGGUAAUGCAGAUAUAAAAUCCUGGGAGCAGAAAAGGAAGGGCAGUUUAAUUCCAGGUGCUGGGGAGAGUCAUUAAAGGUUUUUUAAAGAAUGGUAUGGAAUUUUGAUUGAAAACUAAGAGGAAAAAAAUAUUACAAAGACUACAUUAAGAUCCUGUGAUCUCAAUACCAAGAGACAUUUGCUUAAGAAAUGAGAUCUGUAGUGUGAAACAUACUUUUGAGCCAAAAAAUACAUCACAGUUUUUUUUUAAAUCUUAUAUAUGUUUGUAUUUGUUAAUAAUAUCAGGAAUUGGCUGUAGUUCCCCUGUGUCUUUUCUUCCAUGGUUUUAUUCUCUUGAUGCUCCCAUUGUUUGUGUUUUUAUUAUAGAUUAAUGUAAAGGAUUCCAAGCAACUUGGAACUUUUUUUAAGUGAACUUUUUUCCCAGUAUGUAGCUUAGUUAGCUCUUAAUAUAGCUAAGAGUAUUGUUAUCAUUUCACCAUUCUGUUUAUUUGGUGAGUCUUCCGAUUCUGCCUCGGCAUCAUUCUUAUGCCUCUGCAAUGAGAUAUAGGUAUCCUGGGUUGCACCAAGAAUUCUUACUGGCUUGGGAAACAAUUAGAAAAAGAUUUUGACUCCAUCUUAUUUGUGAAAUAAGUAUUUUUUUCCCUUUCUUCAAACCAGUCUAAAUAAGAUCAUUGAACUCAAAUAAUCACUCUUCAGUUAUGGGGCCCACUACCUUAGAGGUGCUAGUGAGAGUCAUAAAACAUUAUGGGUAACGUUUCUGAGUUUUUAACACAAGUUUGAGCGAAAUAAGGUUGCUUCUUAACAGCAGUUCCAGAUAUUAAGCUGAUAUUAUUAAGAUAUUAAGCAGUUAUUAAUACCAGAUAUUAAGCUUAACAGCAGUUCCAGAUAUUAAGCUAUUUAUGUCUACACUUCACUCCUUGACCUAAGACUCUGUAUUCUCACAGUAUCAGUGCGGCAAGGUGAUGAUUCUUUGAUUUACUAAAACAUUUCUUGUAACUCUAAGAGAAAACCAAAUUUUGUUCUAGUUACUAUUUAAACUACUGAGUGAGGAGAUAAUACUGUUUAAACCAAUGAAGGUGCUCUGCAUCCCUCCACCAACUGAAUGUUUUGUUUCUUGUACAUCUGUAUAAAUAAUGGCAUUUAUUUAUUGAGUGCUUUCUAUCUGCCAGUCACUGUGAUAAAUGUAAAAUCAAUUGUCUCACUUAAAAUAACCAUAAAGAGUAUAACUACAAUUAUCCUUCCUUAUUUUACAAAUGAGGAAAGUAAUGUUUACAGAAGUUAAUUUUCUUAAGGUACGACAACUAAUACAUGCAGAGGUGGAAGCAAUUUCAAAUUUGUUUGACACAAACUUAUUUCUUCCAAAGCAAAGCAAAAGACGGUGUUAUUUUAUCCCCUGUAUAACCUACUGACAAAUAUAUAUUGGCUAUUUAGGAAAAUGCUUUAUAAGUAUUUUUUAAUGAUGUUUGGAUAUCCAAAUUUUGGACAAAGUUUGGAUGAGACACAGUUGGCCUAUUCACAGAUAAUUUGACAUAGAAGAUGGCUCUUCAUCCAUUGGUUAAAAGUCAUUUUUGAAAUGUACAAAAAAUGGUACUUGCAGUCCUGUUGUGAUAAUAAAUACCAGUAUCAGUAAUUACUCUUACUAUAACUUGACUUCUUUUUCAAUAACUUGUAUAUUUUCUGACCUUUCUUUACCAUAUUUUAAUAAAUCAUCUCCCUUUUAGAAUACCAGGGAAAAUUCAGGGGUUAAUUUCUAUUCCCUGUGUUGCCAUAGAAUCUCUAUGUUAAAAAUUUUAAUUUAAUUCAAAGAGUACAUUAUUUAUUUAAUUCAAAGAGUACAAAUUUUCAAGCAUACAGCAAACUUAACAGAAUUGUAUAUACCUAAAUACUGACCAUAUGUAUUCUACAUUUUAUUCUACAUGUUUUAUUAUCUGUGCUACUUUAUGAUGGAAGAAAUUAAAUCAAAAUAAAUUGUUAGCAUGAGUAUACUUCUUUUUAAUAAUUCAACAUGCAUAUCAUUAAGUAGAGUUUAGCACUGUUUAAUUUUUAAAUUUUGAUGUGCAGUUAUAUGCAGUGAAAUGCACAAAUGUUAAGUAUAAAUUUACUGAGUUUUUACAAACGCAUACACCCGUGUAACCUAAACCUUUAUCAAAAUUUAGCCUGACAGUUGUCCCAGAAAGUUUCCUCAUGCCCUUUUCAGUCAUUCCCCCACCCCAACUCUCAGUGUAACUACUCUUCCAAUUAUUUUGCCUCACCAUUUAAGUUGGCCUAUUCUCACUUCAUGUAAAUAAAAUAAAAAAAAAAUAAUGGUUCUCGCAGCAUGUUUUUGAGAUUAAUUCACAUUGCAUGUAUCGAUGGCUCAUUCCUUUUUAUUGCUGUGCUGAGUAUUUUGUAUGAAUAUGCAGUUUUUCCAUUUUCCUGUUAAUCAACAACUGGGCUAUUUCUGCCCAUUUUAGAAAAUUGCCAUGAAUAAAAGCCUCUAUGAAUAUUA